GCAUCCACACACCGGAGACCCUCGUCUAUCGUCGACCACAGGAAGAAACAGAGAGCGAAACCCGAGCACCCGCCUGGAGAAUCAUCUGCCAUUCUAUCGGGUUCGGUCAAUCACGUGUAGCGUCACGUCGCGAGGCGAAAUCCCAACUCGGCUACAGCGGCACCGCAACUUUUGUCCGAUACCCAACGGCCUUGUGAGAGCCCGCGCGAGCGCGCCAACAUGGAGGUGGCGGCAGCGGCUAACCACUACGACGAGAUAGAGGACGAGAUCAAGGCCAGGAAAAUGGCCAUCAGCAAGGCGCAAGCGUAUCCCGCCUCAAACCUCGAGCGGCACGGUAUGAAGCAGCCGGCGGCAGCGACCGCUGGCUCCAAGCUAGCGGCAUAUCGUGCAUCCACGACCGCGAUGACUUCGCACAACAGAACCACGAAACGCUUUCUGAGCCCCUCAGGGCCGAGCGCGCAGCACCCUUCCAAGCUUCCGCGGCCACAGCAGUAUCGCUCGACGUCACCGACACGAGCAGGCAGCAACGCCUCGUCGCCCGUUGGCAGGGGCAGGGGUGACGCAAGUGGAAACGGAGAGAGGGCGGAUGGUGAUGAAUUUGCCGGCAGGGAUUGCAGCAGGGACGAGACGAUCGAGUGGCUUUCCAAGGUGCUCCGCACAAAGAACAUGGAGAUUAAGAACCUGAAAGCCGACCUGAGGCGGUGUGAGGCGGUCGUGAGAGACGUCGACGUGACCGUGGAAAAUAUCAGCAGCGAUUCCGCCGAAACGGACAUGAAGAUCGUUCAUCUCGCUGACGACCUCGCCAUUGAGAAACGAAGCCACCAGGCAGCGAUCGAAAACAUCGAGCGGCAGUCUCAGAGAUUGGCCGAGCUGGAGAAAGUCUCUGCUGAAAAACACGAGGAGAACAUGGUACUGUCGGGACGACUUGAGGAGAUUAUCCACCUGUCCGGUGAGCAGGAGCAGCGGCUCCAGGAAGCAAGGGUGGCAGCAGCGGAAGCAGCGGCAGCGGCGUCGGCUGCGGAGGAAGCGGCAGCGGCGGCGGAGGAAAGGGUAGAGGCGGCGGAGGCGGCAUUGGCUGCGCAGGGAGGGGACGGGCUAGAGAAGGAGCUCGAGAAGUUUAGGCAGGCCGCGGAGAUGAAGGCUAAGCAGUUGGAAGCGGUCCAAGAGCGGGCGAGUAAGACCAACAUGGAGCUACAGCGCUACAAGGGGUUAGCGCGCCGCGGUCGCUUCAAGCGUUUGCUGGCGAAGCUCUGGUGGUUGCUCCGGGCCAUCGGGUUCUUGGGCUUUCUGUUUUUCGCGUACGUUGCGGUGUCCGAAGGCACUUUCCGAUCUCGCGGUGUCGAUGUCUACCGGUUGGCGCACUGAUUUGUCGUUGGUUCUCCUAAUUCGUUUCCCGAUUUUCUGGGUGGCCUUUUGUCUGUGAGCGUUGUUCGAUUUUUUUCUUGUGCUCGCAAAAGUCGACUGUCGGGGGGGGGUACGGCACGCACGGCCGCGAAGACCAAUUUCGGUUCGUGAGUCGAAGACAAGGAAGGUUGCGCAUGAUUGUGUGGUCGUUGUUGUUGCUGAGAAAAGGAAAACCUGUCUGUUAAGUUAGGUGUGAUCCAAAGUGGGAGUGAGUGUCUCGCACCACGAAAGCCACCUCAUGAGCGUCUUGGGCGGAAAAGUGGCGACUCCAUGGGAACCGAAAAAGUACUCACGGGAAAAGGUUUCUCUCUGCUGUUGGUUUUCUUUCCCACCGCGAAGCUGUCGUUGUCGUGUCGUGGUAUUCUCCUCGGGGUAUUGCAUCAUUUGUCACUUGUGUUUGUUUCCUCGUUAGGAGUAUGAUACGCAUGACCUUCGUAUGCAUAUAAUAUGGUCUUGGUUCCAUAUGAGGAAGAGGAGCGUUACGCCGAGACCUCAGUGCUUUGUUCAUGUUUUUUCAGAGGUUUGUGCUAAUAUUGUCGGUCGAAAGCAGAGAUGGAAAGGGAAGGAUAAUCGGUGCAUGUGAUUGUCUUUGCUCAUGUCCUGAAAAAUCGCUCCGCGAGAGCUUUUCUACAUAUGCAACGAGGGCUUGGAUGCUAGAAGACGUGGUUCUGUAGGGAAGUCUUCUUCGUGGGCCCCAAAAGUGUCGUGGAUUCAGAAUAGGCAGCGGGGAUAGAGUGGCUUGAAGGGACUCUGCGUACGGGCGGCGCUCGUAGUUGUUGAGUUUGAGUUAUGCAGCACAACGCGUGGAGUGAUGCCCUCCUUGCAGCGCUCGUGGCGGAAUGGGUGAUCUGGGUUCGUAGCCUGUGUUCAAGUGAUGGGCGUUUCUUCCAAUGUGUACAUCCUCAAUGGUUCUUCGCGGUCUGGGAAGUAUUUAUCAGAAGUCGUAGAAAUAGCGCGCGUGUUGAGGGUGAACGUGCAAGAAGUUGUAUUCCGCGUCAUGGCACGCAUACGUUCAAAAUAGUUUGACUUGUGGGGUGCCAGUGUCCUGUAGUUCACCAGUGGCACAUGCAGCGGUCUUACAUUUGUACCCACGACCAGAAAAACGGCUUAACUUUCGGGUGCUUGUUGGCUACGUGAGCGUGUCGACGACGUCGAUAUGUGUACAUGUUCCCGAGGGAAGUAGGCGAGGUGACUGUCUUGUCUACAAAAUUUCAACACACAAGGUACGUGUUGUAUCGCUGUGUGAGCGCAUCACGAAGGGCAGCGGGUGCGUUGA